AUGCAUAGCAGGCCUAGUCUUGUAGAUGGUGUUAUUUUUGGGGCACCUUUGGCCGUCGUUGCAGGGCUUUUGACACAUUUUGAGAUACCAUUUCCGCAAUGGCUCACAGGACCUGCUGAAGUUCGAAGCCACAUGGAACCGGAAAGUAUUGUGUACGUUUGUCGGUGUCCAGAACACGGCAUGCGCUGGCCUGAUGUUUUCAGAUUUAUCGCAAGUCAGCUUGCAGAACUCACACAUGCAGGCUGGGUUCCCUUGAUAUUGAAUAUAGCGCUGGUUCUUCAAACACUGUUGGUAUUGGGUAAGCUUUUGAGAAAGAGCUACAGCAGAGAGAUGACCCAAUUGCCAAAUUCGGCAUUAUGCGACCAAACAGAUGCCGAUGGUCAGAGUAUAGAUAUUUCACCGUACGGACCGCGAGAACGAGCCUUACUGCAAUUUGAGAAAUUAAGGCACAAAAAGCUGAACUUCAAGUAUUGCAACGAAGACUCCUGGAUACUAGAGGAAGAUUUUCUGUUGCCGGCUGGAGUCGUCAAGCCAUUGCUCAAACAACACGGACCAGGCGCGAUGUUUUCCGACUUAUCACCAUCGACGGUCGUCGCGUCUGUUGGCGUGCAGACAGCCAUAUCUCAACGGUCUUUGUCUUUGCCUCAGUCCGAUGAGCUACCGGUUGAUAACUCCACGGCUGGUUUGGCAAGUUCUCCGUCAAGCCAAGACUAUCCGCAGCUUUUCACUCCUAAACGAAGCCUAGACGCUGCACUCAGCUCACCACCUACCUCAAAGACACCGGUCUCACCGGGCUUCGAACCGAGACAUGCACCGGCUGCUGUGAGCCUAUCUAAAGACCCGUUGGUGCUAGAAAUUCAAAAUUCUUCCAGAACAUCCUUUUCGUCUUCCCAAAACGCAAAAGACACCCUUUGCACUCCAGAACAUGUUUUGCAUGCAUUUCAUCACCCAUCUCCAGCAAAAUCUAGCAUUUUGAGAACCGCGGUGACUCAGGAGCAGGUCUACUCACAGCCCUUUAUCUACUGA